CAUGUCCCUGUAAUCCUGAUAUGGAACUGGGUAACAGAAGUCUUUAGUUCACUUUAAAAGUGCUUCUAUAGCACUAGCGCAGGACAAUAAGGUCUUAGUUGAAAUCGGAACCAGUGAGAAAUUACCUUGCAAAUUACUUUCUCCCUGAUUUGUUUCUGUAUUCAUUUAUUAAUUACAUAGCUCCGUUCUCUUCAGCCCACAGACCCAAACCUACUUGAGGAAGGGAGAUUCUGCAAGAUGCCGUUAGAUGGAAACUGGUUUGAUACCAGCCCAGCAAGGAAAGAGAUAUUCCCUGAGCAAGGAGGAUGUUUUCCUGUCAAUAUAGCAUUCAAAUUUAGCUUCUGCCACUGUAGGCAACGUGGCAUUAGAAGAAGGAGCUUAAGUUAUUAAACUGAGCUGCUUUAAUCAUCCAGUUCAGGGAAAUCCAUUGCUACAGGAGACCUGAGGAUUAAUGUAUUUUUACCACAAAGCCAAUACAUCUAUUCUGAUCAGUUAGUGGUUGCUCACUCGAGCAUAUGAAACUUCGUUCUCUGGGUUUGCACUCAAUAGUAUGGGACCAAAUGGAGUUUUAUUUGGAGAUUGACCCUGUUACCUUGAAUCUCAUCAUUCUGGUAGCUAGUUACGUUAUUUUGCUUCUGGUUUUCCUGAUCUCCUGUGUGCUCUAUGACUGCAGGGGGAAGGAUCCCAGCAAGGAAUAUGCUCCCGAGGUCCCUGCAGACACCCAGCCUCCGAUCCGGUUGGUGGUGAUGCAGCAGGGCUCCCCCAACACCCGCUGGGCAAAGGGGCUCAUCUCUGCCUACGAGAAUUCCUCUGACCUGCCAGGGAAAAGGACUACUGUUGUGUAAGGGGACCCUGCCUCGGAGCUCGGGUUUCUGCAGAUCAGCUUGCCUCCUCUGCUAUGUUUACUCUCCAUGUGCAGAAGGAUAACGUGUUCACAAGGUGUUUGAUGGACUAAAGUUCACAUCUCUUGAAAGGAAGGAAAAUGCUUUCUUUGUCCUCCAGGUGAAGCACAAAUGGACAGAAACAAGAGAAAUGUUGAUCCCGUAGCCACAGAAGUGGCUGCAGUGUUAUCUAGCUGUUCCCAAGCACAGCCAGCUCAGGUCCUGCUCUGUCCCCAUCAGGCUGAGCUGCAAAACUCACCUGGGAAGCUGGGGAGAUGCUGCCUGGGUUGGUUCCUGCUGUGUUCCAUGCUGGCAGAGGCACUUUGUCACUGGUGACCAAACCAGAUUUUAAAACUAAUCUGGCUACAGGGAAUUUGUGGCUUAAGUUGUCUUUUUCUACCCAAACAUGCUGUGAUCAAGCAAAAAUCUGAAAUUUCUUUUCUGAAAUCCAGAGAUGUAUAAUGCCAGCUUCCUGUGUGCCUCUGGUUAACACAGAGUUACUGCAUGUGGUACUCUUUAACUGCUGAAUUUUAACUGGUUAUUAAGGGAAAAAUAGUGCUGGACCCACACAGUUCAACAUAUUUGUCCCCUAUGCUAUUUUACAUCAUCUUAAUGUGAAUUACCCUCAGAUUCCUAUAGAAAGCUUUAGUAAACAUGCUGAGAUUUGUUACCUGCCUACAUCAGGUGUCAUGGAUGAUUCACUGGAUGCAGUGGUCCUACUGCCUUCAGCACAGGCAUUUUAAAUACUUCCAGAAAUAAACUGCAGUGGAUUCAAAUCACAACUGAAUGAAGCUCUUGUUCAG